GGAUCCAUCUGGUGAAUUUGGGUUUUAAUUUUUUUCUUGCUUUUCUGUUGAUUAUGAGUUAAUUACGAUUUUCUUUGUUGAUAAUUAAGCGAUUAUUUUUAUUCUGGUGAUUCAUUGAAAGAAAGUAUCUUAGAUGUACAAUGGACAUCUUGUUGACUUUACUGUUAAUAUUGUCAUCAAUUUUGUCAUGCUGGUCUUUUUACCUUCCUGGUUUAGCUCCAGUAAAUUAUUGUGAAAAAAGCCAAGCCACGGACACUUGUAAAUCGGAAGUAAAAUUAUAUGUUAAUCGUUUAUAUUCUGAGGAAUCGGUAAUUCCAUAUGAGUAUAAUCGUUUUGAUUUUUGUCAGGUUCAUGAUGAAGAUUCACCGGUUGAAAAUCUUGGUCAAGUAGUUUUCGGUGAGAGAAUAAGAUCAUCACCUUACAAUAUUUCUUUCUUAAGGAGUGAAGAUUGUAAAUUACUUUGUGUCAAAAAAUACGAUUUCACCAGUUCAGCUGAGCAAAAUGAGGAGAAAUUAAAUUUCCUGAUGAAAGGUAUGCUCAAAAAUUAUGAACAUGGUUGGAUUGUGGACAAUAUGCCAGUUACCUGGUGUUAUCCAGUUGAGGGUGAACAACAAUAUUGUUCAAUUGGUUUUCCUAUGGGCUGUUAUGUUGACAGUCAAGGUAACCCUAAAGAUGCCUGUGUCAUGAAUCAAAACUAUAAGAAAGCUGAUACUUUCUAUUUAUUCAAUCAUGUUGAUCUCCAAAUAACCUACCAUUCUGGAGCUGAUGAAGCUUGGGGUGUUGGUUUUGGAAGCAAAGGUGGCAGAAUUACACGUAUAAGAGUAACCCCAAGAAGUAUUAAACAUAGUGUAACUAAUGAUCCUAAGAAUCCAAUCGAUUCAAAAAGCUGUUCAGCCAAUUCUCCUCCGAUGGAGAUUAAAGCAAGACACCCAAGAAAUGAGCCGAUCACAAUUUACUACACUUACUCUGUUCACUUUAUAACAGAUAAUUCAAUCAAAUGGUCUUCUCGCUGGGAUUAUCUAUUGGAAUCAAUGCCUCACACUAACAUCCAAUGGUUCAGUAUAUUAAAUUCAUUGGUAAUUGUUUUCUUUCUCACUGGAAUGGUGGCCAUGAUUCUUUUGAGAACAUUACACAAAGAUAUUGCUCGUUACAAUCAGAUAGAUUCUGAAGAUGAUGCCCAGGAAGAGUUUGGAUGGAAACUCGUGCAUGGUGAUGUAUUCAGAGCUCCUCGUCACUCGAUGCUUUUAUCCGUUUUCCUUGGUAGUGGUGUCCAAGUAUUUUGUAUGACUUUAACUACCCUUUUCUUUGCCUGUCUUGGUUUCCUUUCUCCCGCAAACAGAGGAGCUUUGAUGACCUGUGCCAUGGUAAUGUUUGUCUGCCUCGGAACACCAGCCGGCUAUGUUUCUGCUCGAUUGUACAAAAGUUUCGGAGGCUACAAAUGGAAAAUGAAUGUUUUUCUUACCGCAUUACUUUCACCUGGAAUCGUUUUCUCAAUCUUUUUCGUUCUUAAUCUACUUCUUUGGGCAAAAGGUUCCUCAGCAGCUAUUCCUUUUACCACUUUAAUUGCUCUUCUUGCAAUGUGGUUUGGUGUCUCUUUGCCUUUAACAUUUGCUGGUGCCUAUUUUGGCUUUAAAAAGCGUCAAAUUGAACAUCCAGUCCGCACUAAUCAGAUUCCAAGGCAAAUACCUGAGCAAACUGUUUAUACUCAACCAGUACCCGGUGUUAUAAUGGGAGGUAUUCUACCAUUUGGUUGCAUCUUUAUUCAACUAUUCUUCAUCUUGAAUAGUAUUUGGUCAAAUCAAAUGUACUACAUGUUUGGUUUCUUAUUCCUAGUUUUCAUUAUUCUUGCAAUCACUUGCAGUGAGACCACAAUUCUACUUUGCUAUUUCCACCUUUGUGCUGAAGAUUAUCAUUGGUGGUGGAGAUCAUUCCUGACAAGUGGUUUUACAGCCUUUUACCUAUUUCUCUAUUGUAUUCACUUCUUUUUGACCAAAUUAACCAUCACCGGAACCGUUUCAACAAUAUUAUACUUUGGAUACACCCUCAUCAUGGUAUUUCUAUUUUUCCUUCUUACUGGUACAAUCGGUUUCUUUGCUAGUUUCUGGUUCGUUCGUAAAAUCUACAGUGUUGUUAAAGUUGAUUGAAACCUUUGUCGUGUAAUCAGCUAAUAAUAAUAAUCACUAUCAAUGGAAAAUGAUAAUGAUGUUAUAAAGGACGAGAAAACAAAGGAAAAUUAAUGCCAAGAAAAUUAGUGAAAAUCAACGUCAACAUCCAAACAUCACCUUCAUCAUAAACAAUGUAAUUUUCAUUGCGCAGAACCGAUUCAUCUUAAUCGAAGAUGAAAUUACUGAUUAAGUUAAACAAUAACAUUAAUAAUAAUUUAUAUAUACAUAUAAUCAAUUAAGAGGUUGUCUAAUUAACUGGUCCUCAUAAAUUUUCAUCAUCAUCAUUAAAUUUGAAAUAACAAACAAACUAAAUUCAACAAUCAGAUACAUAUAACUAUGACCAAAACUAUUAAACUUGAGUAAAAAAAAAAUCAAUUUAACAAAUGAAUAAAAAAAAUGUCAUAAUUUUUAAAUAA